AUGCGAUGGUCAUUGUUCACCGUUCUUCUUCUUCAUUCAUAUCAAUUUGUGGAUGCCAUUGGUUAGUUUGAACACUCAGAUAUUCCCUCUUAAUCGCAAACAUUGUAGAUUGCUUCUGUCCAUUAUGUGAACUCGACAAGCUUCCCGACAACUGCACGACAAUCUAUGGGCACAUUCAGAUGGGACUCGAAUCGACAAUGCCUCCGUUUGAAGUUGACCUUCUCUCCCUUUAUACAUUAGUUAUUUCUUAACCAGAUUGUGGAGUACAAACUCGAAAACGUCACCAAAAUAGUCGGUUGCGUGACCAUUGCCAACUCUGGAUUCACGAACCUUCUUCUCUUUUCCAAUCUUCAAGUGAUACAGUACUCUCAAAACGACAACGCUUCCACGUGUUCAUGUACGUUGAAUUUCACUCUACAACCCUUGAUAGUUUCAAUUUCAGCAUACGGAAAUGGAAUCACAAUUGCAAAGAAUAGUUUGUUGCGGAGGUUGUACUUCACAAGUUUGGAGAAGGUGAGCAAACAGCCGCAGUCAUCCGAUACGCUCAGGAUCUAGGUCAUUGUCAGCAAAAAGUCAGAGUAUGGCAUUUAUAUUGUCGAUAAUCCUUCCCUUUGUAUCACCGAAGAAGAGCUCGAGCAGUUCAUGACAACCUCAAAGUUCUAUGCUCCUCACAUACAGAUUUGCAAUCCGACAAGUUUGGUGGGAAAUGGGUUGAAUAUAAACGAACAAUUGCAGAAAUGUACUGUAGACUUGAUGACUUUGACUUUUUCGAUGAUACAAACAUUGCUGCAGGAUGCCAAGUUUUGACAGACUCUCUUGUUUUGAAUGGAACUACCAAUGAGAACUCCACUGAAUUUCAGAGAAGGUAUUUAUACUUUUCAUCGAAAACUUGAACAAUUGUUUCAGAUUGAAUGAUGUCGAACAGAUUCUGGGUUCCAUAAUUGUUUUAGGGACUGAUAUCGUCAGCCUGGAGUUCCCGAAUCUCUGGAGAAUCUAUAACUUCCAACGUAUUCCUUCGUUCAAUUGUCCUCCUUUAUUUUCAAUUUCCAGCCGAGUUACCAGUGAUUCUCUUACAAAAUAACCCGAACCUCUGCGAAGUGAAUCUCUCAAAUCUCUCCUCGAUUCCCUAUUUUGGCACGUGGCCGGACGUGCUCUACGCAUUCCAGAAUCCCCUGCUGACUCAGAUGUCAGCUGACACUUGUGGCCACCUCCUGAAACUCGGCGAGAUUACUUUCGAGGACUCUGCUCACUCUAUAUGCGGUAAGAUCGGCCAACAACUGCUCGAUCUCACCUGUUUUCGUUUCCAGAUAACCAGACGACAUCGGUGUUGAUCGGAAGUUCAGCCGAAUUGCUCGUGGAGCCGGGCAAAACAGGCAAUUCAUCUGUCGCGUUGAAUUCUGGCGAAAAGGUGCGACUAGAAUCGAAAGCUGAUUUCUUUUUCAUUUUCUGGCAAACUAUUCGUUUGCAAGCAUGUUAAUAUGCAAUUAUGCAUGUAACAUUUUCAGAACAAGCCGCCUAACAACGAUACGAAGGACAACGCGAACUUUCAGAGAUAUGCCAAUAACUUCAUCUUCUCUUUUAUUAUUUAUUUAUCGAGAUCUUCAGUAUAA